AAUAUAUUUUUAAAGAUUAAGAAAUAGAAAAUUUUUGGAUAGAAAAGUGUAGAAUUUUAAAAAUUAGAUCUAUUGGGACAUCAUUAAUAAUCAAGGUUAUGCUGGUCUUUUGCACCGUCUGCCUCCUCGUCACCUCCGGAGGAGCUAAAGGCGGCGGCGGCGGCGGCUUCCGUGGAGGACUUCGAGGAGCUGGAGGCGGCUGGGGCCGCGGGAGCGCGACACCCAUCACCGGCGGCGGAACCAGGGGCUGGAGGAAUGGCAAUGGAGCGCGUGCGUUUCCAGUGGUUCCCCACAUCGGAAACCACCAGUCUAGCGGUGCUGCCGGCCGCCUGUCGUCGGCCGCCAUUGGCGUUACCACUGCAGCACUGUUCUUCUCUCUAUGUGGUUUUCUCUGAUAACAUUUCAUUGCUUAAAUUGUACCUCCGUCCCAAUUUAUAACGCCUGUUUCGGUUUACGAUGUUUGACUGAAAUUAUUUUCAAACCAUUUUAUAUGACAAAUGGUAUAGAAUUAAAAAAUAAAAAUUACAUAUUAAAAACUACAUCAAAAGAUCUACAAAACUAGUACUGACAAUAAUACUUUAUUUUAUCAAAUUGUUAACGAAAAUAGAGAAAGAAAGUGAAUGAAGUUUGACCCCGUGA